AUGGAGCGGCCAGUUGGAAAGGGUCCCGGCCCCGUGGAGAGCCCCGCUGACCAACUUCCCGCGGCUCCGGAUAAGCAGGACCCCAGCCCCACGAAGCCUCCACCUCCAAAGCAGCAGCACCCCGGGGCAGCGGGCGAGGCGCUAGCCGUGCUGAGUUCCUUCGGGCGGAGGCUGCUCGUGCUGGUGCCGGUGUAUCUGGCUGGGGCCCUGGGGCUCAGCGUGGGCUUCGUGCUCUUCGGCCUAGCCCUCUACCUGGGCUGGCGCCGGGUCCGCGGCGAGAAAGAGCGGAGCCUGCGGGCGGCGCGGCAGCUGCUGGACAAUGAGGAGCAGCUCACCUCGCAGACCCUCUACCUGAGUCAUCGCGAGCUGCCAGCUUGGGUCAGCUUCCCUGAUGUGGAAAAGGUGGAAUGGUUGAACAAGAUUGUGGCCCAGGCCUGGCCUUUUCUGGGACAAUAUAUGGAGAAGCUCUUGGCUGAAACAGUGGCCCCAGCUGUUCGGGCAUCCAAUACUCACCUACAGACUUUCACAUUUACUCGUGUGGAACUAGGAGAAAAGCCUUUACGAAUCCUAGGAGUCAAGGUUCACACUGGUCAGAACAAACAGCAGAUCCUGCUGGACCUUAACGUCAGCUAUGUGGGUGAUGUGCAGAUCGAUGUAGAAGUGAAGAAAUAUUUCUGCAAAGCUGGAGUCAAGGGCAUGCAGCUACAUGGCAUCCUAAGGGUGAUCCUUGAACCACUUAUGGGGGACCUUCCUAUCGUUGGGGCUGUUUCCAUGUUCUUCAUCCGCCGCCCGACUUUGGACAUCAACUGGACAGGGAUGACAAACCUGCUGGAUAUCCCAGGCCUUAGUUCUCUGUCCGACACAAUGAUCAUGGACUCCAUCGCUGCUUUCCUUGUUCUGCCCAAUCGCCUGCUGGUGCCUCUUGUGCCAGACUUGCAGGAUGUGGCCCAGCUUCGAUCUCCCCUCCCUCGGGGUAUUGUCCGGAUCCACUUGCUUGCUGCCCGGGCACUGAGCUCCAAGGACACCUACGUGCCAGGGUUGAUCAAAGGCAAAUCAGACCCAUACGCCAUAGUGCGCGUAGGGACCCAAGUGUUCUGCAGCCGCGUCAUUAAUGAAGACCUCAACCCCCAAUGGGGAGAGACCUAUGAGGUGAUGGUACACGAGGUCCCAGGACAGGAGGCAGAAGUGGAAGUAUUUGACAAGGAUCCUGACAAAGAUGACUUUCUAGGCAGACUGAAGCUGGACCUGGGGAAGGUGCUAGAGGCUCAAGUGUUGGAUAAUUGGUUCCCCCUACAAGGAGGGCAGGGCCAAGUUCACCUUCGGCUAGAGUGGCUGUCGCUGUUGCCAGAUGCUGACAAGCUGGAACAGGUACUGCAGUGGAACAGAGGCAUCUCUUCCCGACCGGAACCUCCUUCGGCUGCCAUCUUGGUUGUCUACUUGGACAGGGCUCAGGAUCUACCACUGAAGAAGGGGAACAAGGAACCCAACCCAAUGGUGCAGUUCUCUGUGCAGGACGUGACUCGCGAGAGCAAGGCUGCCUAUAACACCAACUCCCCAGUAUGGGAGGAAGCCUUCCGGUUCUUCCUGCAGGACCCAAGAAGCCAAGAGCUUGAAGUGCAGGUGAAGGACGACUCGAGGGCCCUGACGUUGGGAGCCCUGACGCUGCCCCUGGCCCGCCUGCUCGCUGCUCCUGACCUCACCCUGGACCAGUGGUUCCAGCUCUCCAGUUCUGGCCCGAACUCCCGACUCUACAUGAAGCUGGUUCUGAGGAUUCUUUAUUCGGACACAUCCCACCUGCACUUCCCCACCAUGCCAAGCUCUCCUGGCCUCCUGGACACAGCCAGUGAGAGCAUCCAGAUGGGCAGCAGUGUGGACAUCCCACCCCGGCCAAGCCACUGUACUCCAGACGGCCAUUUUGGGACCGAGAGUGUGCUUCGAAUCCACGUGUUGGAAGCCCAGGACUUGAUCGCCAAAGACCGCUUCUUGGGAGGGCUGGUGAAAGGCAAGUCAGACCCCUACGUGAAGCUUCGGGUGGCCGGACGGAGCUUCCGGAGCCGCGUGGUACGAGAGGAGCUCAACCCACGCUGGAACGAGGUCUUUGAGGUGAUUGUCACAGCCAUUCCAGGCCAGGAGCUGGAGGUGGAUGUCUUUGACAAGGACCUGGACAAGGAUGACUUCCUGGGCCGGUGCAAAGUGAGUCUCAGCAGGGUCCUCAGCAGCGGCUUCAUUGAUGAGUGGUUGCCCCUGGAGGAGGUGCCGUCGGGCCGCCUGCACCUGCGCCUGGAGCGUCUGACCCCCCGGCCGACCGCGGCGGAGCUGGAGGAGGUGCUGCAGGUGAAUAGUCUUAUCCAGACCCAGAAGAGCGCGGAACUGGCAGCUGCCCUUCUCUCUGUCUACCUGGAGCGGGCUGAAGACCUGCCGCUCCGGAAGGGCACCAAGCCCCCCAGCCCGUAUGCCAGCCUCACUGUCGGGGACGCCUCUUACAAGACCAAGACGUGCCCCCAGACCGCAGCCCCAAUAUGGGACGAGAGUUUCUCCUUCCUCAUCAGAAAGCCAAACGUCGAGAGCCUGGAGCUUCAGGUUCGGGGAGAGGGGACCGGCGCCCUGGGCUCAGUCUCCUUGCAGCUCUCCGAGCUCCUCCUCGCUGACCAACUGUGCCUGGAUCGGUGGUUUCCCCUUAGCCAUGGGCAGGGGCAGGUGCUCCUCAGAGCGCAGCUGGGGAUCCUCGUGUCCCAGCACUCGGGGGUGGAAGCCCACAGCCACAGUCCUUCUCCCCUGAUGGAGGAGACAGAGCCGUGGGGGACGCCACCCCUUAUCUCCUCCUCAGCCCCUGAACUCCGACAGCGCCUGCCACGCAGUGAUAGCCCAUCUGAAGCCUCAGCUGGGCCUUUAGGCCAAGUGAAGCUGACUGUUUGGUAUUACAGCGAGGAGCGCAAGCUGGUUAGCAUUGUCCACAGCUGUCGGAGCUUGCGACAGAGUAGCCGGGAUCCACCUGACCCCUAUGUGUCACUGCUGUUGCUACCGGACAAGAACCGGGGCUCUAAGAGAAAGACCUCCCAAAAGAAGAGAACUCUGAAUCCCGAAUUCAGUGAGAGGUUUGAGUGGGAAUUGCCCCUGGAUGAAGCCCUCCGGCGAAAGCUGGAUGUCUCCGUGAAGUCCAAUAGCUCCUUCAUGUCAAGGGAUCGGGAACUGUUGGGGAAGGUGCAGCUCGACCUCGCUGAGAUGGACCUGUCCCAGGGUGCUGCUCAAUGGUAUGACCUCAUGGAGGACAAGGACAGGAACGGCUGCUAGAAGCCUGGAGCUACCCAGCCCUGAGACAGUGCCCGGCCCUCUCCUGACGCACUGCAUCUCCGCCUCAAUGUGAAGAGCCCAGAGCUGGGGGCUGAGGCUAAGCCCCCCUUCCCUCCUUCCCCCUUGGGCUGGGUUGAGGCUGAGCCCUCCUUUCCCCCCUUGGGCUGGGCUGAGGCUGAGCCCCCCUUUCCCCCCUUGGGCCGGGCUGAGGCUGAGCCCCCCUUUCCCCCCUUGGGCCAGGUUGAGGCUGAGCCCCCCUUUCCCCCCUUGGGCCGGGCUGAGGCUGAGCCCCCCUUUCCCCCCUUGGGCCGGACUGAGGCUGAGCCCCCCUUUCCCCCCUUGGGCCGGGCUGAGGCUGAGCCCCCCUUUCCCCCCUUGGGCCGGGCUGAGGCUGAGCCCCCCUUUCCCCCCUUGGGCCGGGCUGAGGCUGAGCCCCCCUUUCCCCCCUUGGGCCGGGCUGAGGCUGAGCCCCCCUUUCCCCCCUUGGGCCGGGCUGAGGCUGAGCCCCCCUUUCCCCCCUUGGGCCGGGCUGAGGCUGAGCCCCCCUUUCCCCCCUUGGGCCGGGCUGAGGCUGAGCCUCCCUUCCCCCCUUGGGCCGGACUGAGGCUGAGCCCCCCUCCCUCCUCGGGCCCUGGCCGAGGGCCGUUGUCUGACCAAAGAGAAGGACCUCGUCCCCCCUGCACACGCCGCCCCCUGCACGGCCUGACCUCCUCUGGGGCUCCUGGGGCAGGUAGCUGAGCUGGCCUCCCCACCCCGUGCACCUGUGCCUGGCGGCUGGCAACCCACGCCAAGGUAAUAGCUUAUGCCAAAUGCUGCUUUUUCUCAGACCUCUGUUUUUAUUUAAGUGCAGUGGUGGGCUGCGGAGGUGGCGCCUCCCCCAGGACUGCUGCAUGUGGGGGCCUGACAGCACGGAGCCCCCUUCCUCCCGCCAGCCUGCUGCCCACACGGGCUGCUCGGCUUGUGCUUGAAGUGCCUGAGCUGUCCACUCAGCGGCCAGAGCGGCUUCUGGUCCCCUUUAUUUGCCUCCACGCUGCCCGUCUACUGUAUACCUUCUAUUAAAAUGCCGAGAACGUC